AUAGUGAUCGAAGCGUAUAACUUUACUCUGGAUGCUUUCGGUAAACAAGGCGGUGCGGCUAUUAUCGACGACAUCUCGUACAACACAAGUGCUGUAUACCAGUGCCGAAUGAUCCCACACUAUGAUCCACCGGCAAAGCUACCACCGAAGACCUGCUCAGCCCUUCAAUGCGACUUCGAGAGCGGUUCUUGCUUACGGAGUCUCGAUUCUAGUGACUUGAAGAUCAGUGAAGAUCCAGUGGGAUCACGUUCCAGUGGGAUCCGAUCUACUUUAGAUGGUCCAUUUGCAUACGCCGUUGGUCCUGGUACAGCAUCAGUGUCACUGGGACCAUUCGAGUUUCCACGAAACUUCGGUAUUGAGUUCUGUUACUAUGUGGCAAGCUACCAUAGUCAACUGGUCGUCUAUCUCAACAGGACUCCGGAUGGAGAACGAGAACGCCUUUUUAUAAGCAACGACGUCUCCAGCAACAUUCAUCAAUGGCUAUGCGAUAAAAUCUUCCUGAACAAUGGAACAUAUGAUGCGGUACAAAUUUUAUUAAUCGAAUUCUCAGCAGAAGGACUGAGAAACGAAUUCUCGUACCUGGGACUGGAUCAGAUCGACGUCUAUGAUCCAAUUCUGUGUGCUUCGGCAUGCAAGAAAUCAAAAACUGAAAAGCCUCCUUAG